GAUCAGUAGAUUCAAAGAAAACUCACCAAUAACACCAUUUUCACUAAGCUGAGCCUAACCAUUUAUGGGCCCAGUAUUUGGUGGCCCAAGAUUAUUUGUAAAACAAAGGAACAGAGAAGGUUGGAAAUAUGAAGAGGAAAAGAGAAAGGGGGCAAUAGCAAUAGGAAUAGCAUGGGUGCCAGAUUCUUGUAGCGUCCAAUCAGUCCUUACCACACUGAUCUGAGUCUCUGUUUGGGUUUCUGUCUGAAUUGUGUGUGCUUACACCGAUUGCAAUGUUCAAUUCCCAAUACCCAAUUCCCAAUUUUCAAAUCUCAGAAUUUCCUAUCUGAGAUCUGAACCCAAAUCAGACACACAAAUAACACCACCACCUUCAAUUUUUGAUCGCAAGCUCCAACCCUUUCCUAUCCUAACGCCAUCCCAAUCUCCGAUGUCUUGUUUAGCGCUUUCUUUGCAACCGGCGAAUGGAUCCGACAUCCUCCUCCAAACUCGCGAGUGGUUCCCUCCCUCACGCGCCCUCGGGGCACUCUCCGCCUUCCGCCAGACUCGACGCGCCUUCGCCGCCAACAAAAACUCCGUCCCCGACGACGCCUACGCCGCUGAAUCCAUCGGCGACGAUCCCCUCGCCGCCUCCAGUGGCCAGGUCAUCGUCGGCGUUGAGAGCCGCUACCGCAUCGUCUACCGUCUAGUCAACGGCAUCUACGUCCUCGGCAUCACCGUCGCCGAUUACGACAACUCCGUCAACGUCUUCGAGUGCAUCCACAUCGUCAACCAGGCCGUCAGCGUCGUUGUCACGGCGUGCCGCGGCGUAGACGUCACACCGGAGAAGCUCAGCCGUAAAUAUGCAGAGAUUUACAUGGCACUCGACAUCGUUCUCCGCGGCGUCAGCAACAUCCGCCUCGCCGCCAUGCUCGCCACCAUGCACGGUGAGAGCAUCGCCAAGAUGGUGCAUUCCGCCCUCGACACCGAGAACAAGAUCCGUGGUGCUGAUAACUGGUCCUCCGUCGAAGUGCAUUCCGUUGAGCACCAGGCCGGCAUCGACGCCUUCGCCAAUGCGCGGUUCGAGUUGCCACCGGAGACGCUCGAGGCUGGAGAUGAGGUCGCCGCAAGCCUCGCCCCCACGGCGGCGGAGCAGCAGGAGGAGCAGCAGCAGAAUGAGGAAGAGUCUCAAGCGGAGAAGGACCCUUUUGCAGCGAGUGAUGCAAUUAACAAGCCUCAAGAGCUUGUGGAAGGGUUCAAGAAGACGAGGGAUCCUUCUGCUACAGAUUUGACGACAGCAUUGGAGGGGCUUGAUGUAACUACAUUGCCGCCCCCUGAGGCUACCCAAUCCACGCAUAUAAAUGUGGAGGGAUUUGAAGGUAACUAUGGUGGAGUUGAGUUUGGGAAUGAGCAAACUUCUAUUGGAGAAGCUUUUGAAGGUUUCAAUGAUGCAUGGGGCGGUGGACUUGAUCCUUCUGAGUUUGUGGGUCCAACCAAGGCUCCUAAACCGCAAGGGCUUGGUGGAGUUGAAUUGUUGCAGACCGGGCCUGAUGCUGUUCCUAAAGCAGCCACGGCUGAGAGUGGUGCAGGAACACCACUUGAGAACUUGUUGGUCAAGAAAACUGAGAUGAAGGGUCCUGAGAUGUAUAUCUCGGAGGAGAUUAGUGCUGAGUUCAGGGAGUCGUUGCUUGCGAGGGUGGGAUUAAUGGGUGUUGUUUACCUACGAACUUUGCCACCCAAAACUGCUGGUGAUAAGGAAACUGAAUUUUCAUUCCGAGUUGAGGGAACCAGUGCCGUUAAACGAUUUGCUAUGCAAAGUUCUCGGGUUAGUAGCCUUGGUAAUGGGAUGUUUCAUGUGAGGACUGCAGCAUCCGAAGAGCCUAUACCGAUUAUGAAGUAUAGCUUGCUUCCUAGGUUGACGCCUUUGCCUUUAAGGGUUCGGCUCAUAAAACGACAUACUGGGAGUUUGCUUUCUGUGAUGAUACAAUAUGCUUCAAAUCCUGAUUUGCUUGCUCCCUUAAAUGAUGUUAUAUUCAUUCUGAAACUGCCCGUCGACCCAACACUAUUGACGGUUUCCCCAAAAGCUGUGUUGAAUAGGUCUGAAAGAGAAAUUAAAUGGCAUGUGCCUGAGAUUCCUUUAAAGGGGUCUCCCGGCAGGUUGAGAGUAAGGAUGCCUGUAGAUUCUAAUGAAGAUGAUGAAGAAAUUGAGGUGGUUGGUUAUGUGAAAUUUUCUGAACAAGUAACUCAAGCAUUGUCUGGAGUUUCUCUACGGCCUGCUACGGAGGGUAAGACAGAUUUCUAUGAGGUUAGUCACAGAUUUGAGAGUGGAGUUUACAUGUGCAAUUGAUUUUGUAAUCAUAGAUGAUUAUUAGGGGAUGUACUUUUUCAUUGUGUUCAUGAGAUUGUAUGGUUUGGUUGUGUUUAUAGCAUUUUUGGAUAUUGAUCAUGUAUCGUGGACUCUGGAAUUAUCUGAAAAUCCUUGUUUCUCUUUGUUUUGGCUAUAGAUUUACAUCAAUGAAUUGUAUUUGGUCUUCACAAUAUAUUAUUUACCAUAUAAAAAGUACUUAAUAAUACUUCUGAAGAUAUUAACAAUAAAUAGGAAGUAUAGAUCCUUGAAAGGCUAGGGUAAAGUACUCUUGUACUUGACGGGUUUACCCUGUGCUGCAUUUUUAUCAUCCUUUGAAUGGGCAUUCAUGACGCAUAUAUGUCAGACACAAGUUAUUGCUUUAAUAUUUAGAUUAGUUCAGAAAAAGUUUCAGAAACUUUCUAUUCUAUAUAUCACUUUAAAUGAACACUAGGCAAGGGUUUUGCUUUCGGUGAAUUGUGUAAUAUACUAGGAUAGUGCCAAGCAAGGCAUAUUAAAUUUUUAAAGAACUCCUCUAAAGUGAAAUUGUCUAAUAUAAAGCGAGCAAAGAAAUAUUUGCCUUGAAUAUUAGUGGAUUAAGAUCAUUGUAUAUUUUAAAUUUAAAUCAUGGGUAAAUAUGCCCUAUUAAAGGAGUCUUACCCGUUAAAUUUGUUUGAUAUGAUAAUGUGAAAUAGAGGUAAUUUUAAAAUUUACUGCAAGUUUUCAAUAUUACUCACCCAUGUCAUUUUAAACUCGAUAGAGAUCAUUAGGUCCUCUAGUCAUGAUGAGAAAUGAUAAAUAACAAUAAAGUGCUGCGGACAACGUAAUAUAGUGCUCUCUAAUCUUUCUUUAUUGCCGAUAUCACGCGACGCUUCAUAGAUGGUAGAAGUUGAAAUACCUCUGACUGCAGAAAUUUUGUGUCAAGGACUGCCCUAAUGGAACAGGGUUGCUUCUCUGUUGUAGUGUUAUAUAUGUGUGUGUGUGUGUGUGGUGGCUAGAAUUACAUUUUAUUUUAGAACUUGUGCAUGUUUUCUUGACUCUUGGUGUUUGAAAAUGUCCACCUGAGUUGAAACAAACCAUUUUCCUAAGUCUAUUUAAACAAUGCCUUAAUUGUAAGGUGCCUAAGCUCAACCUGUUAUAUCUUCUUCAGAGGAAGUUUCUCUACUAUGCCCCACAUUGUUUGAUGAUGCAUCUUUGCUCGUAGAAUGAUGUUUUCAAAAUAGUGUUUUAUCAAUAUACUUUCUGUAGGUCCAUUAUAUUAGAAGGAAUGGAGAUGAAGCUAUUGUGAUCUGAUAAAAUGAUAAAUAUUUGAAUGUGAAUUAACGAAGUUCAAUGGAACAAUGAAUGUCAUCUACUGGUGUUGUCACAAACUUUUCAGUUCAUUCCACAGUUGCAUAGAAUAAUUCUGCUCACGCAUACUUGGCAUAGACAGCACAUUUGUACAGAUUUUACCUUUUGAUCAUAGUUGAUUACACAUUUUU